GGUGGUGGGUGUGUCCGGGUUUAAGGCCUUGAAGCGGUUGUGAGACUGAGGAAGGUGGGAAGGACGAGGAGAGGAAGAGUGCAACAUGUGAGACGAUAAGAGACGAAAGGGGGGAGAGGGCGAACUUGGCACCUCGCCUCAGGAAAAGACAAACGUUCCAGGUGCUUCAAGUUUGAUGUCAAAUGAUGAUCUCACAUGAACCACUAUGGAGUCUGACAGCCAAAAUGAGUUACAUGAAACCAUUAACAAUAUUCAACAGACUGCAAACACCUAUGAAGAUCCUCAAGCCAGAGACCUACAGACAGAAAUUCAGAAUGAAAAAGCAGAUUUGGAAGAUCAGAAAAAGAAAAUUGAGGAUUCAAUUAUAGGGGAAGGGCUCCAGUAUGUAUCGCCAAAUUCACACCAACCAGUGUUCCCAAAUAUACCUCAGAAUGUGUCUGUAGUAACUUCUUCAGUAGUUCAGAACAACAGUACUGCAUUUCACCAGGCUUUCAACUUCAGUCCAGCUUUUAUGAGCUUCUACUACAGCAGCCUUGGUGUUACACCUGGAUUUAAUCCGGGGUACCACUGUAGUAGCCCUUUGACGUCUGGUUGUCUGCUGCCUUCAGGUUUUCCACAGUUCCCAUCAGCACCAGGCUUCCUCACAGGGGCUGGUUAUCAAUUUGGUAAUGUGGGCUCUCCUGCUCUUGGAGGAUUACGAGUACCUGGCUCCUCUCUUUUACCUCUAGGGCAUGCUGGUACUCUGCUUCAUUCUGCAGCAAUUCUUGGAGACAAACUGAAGCUAUUAGAAGUUCUUCAAGAUGCAAGUAUAAACCUCGAAGCUCGUGACCGGUGGGGACGGGUUGCUCUCGUGUAUGCGGUAAUGGGUAACCACCAAGAAGCUGUGGAAGCACUUCUCCGAGCUGGAGCUAGACCUGAUGCUACCGAUUCUCAUAAUCGUACUCCACUACAUUUUGCUGCUUAUAAAGGUCAUCUAGGAUGCAUCAAGGCCAUUCUUCAUGCAGUUGAGAGUGGAGGAAUAGCUCACUCAGAGAAUCUUGGUGGUGUGUGGCUAGCUCAAGAUGUGAGAGGGGUCACACCACUUCAUCAUGCAGCCAUUCAUAGUAACCACAAGUGUCUGCAAGCCUUACUCAAGUAUGCAGCUCCUGGAACAUUAGAUACAGAAGAUCACAAAAAGAGGACCCCCCUUUUAUGGGCAUCAGCAUAUGGAUCUGAAGAAAAUGUACGUCUUCUGAUAAAGCAUGGAGCAAACAAUCUUAUGCCAGAUCAAGAGGGCAAAACACCAUUGCAUUGGGCAGCUAUUAGUAAGGCAGAUGGUGCCAAACACUGUGUAAGAACUCUGAUCUGUGCAGCACCCUCCAGCGUCAAUUGGCAAGAUUUUGAUGGUGUAACAGCACUGCAUUUGGCAGUGGCUGAGGCAAGAAUAGAUACUGUUGAUGUGAUUUUAUCUGUUCAGAAAUGCAAAGUUGAUUUAACUGAUAAUCAGUUUCGAACAGCUCUUCAUUGGGCUUGUAACAGGGGACUAACUUCAAUAGUUGGUCGUUUACUGGAACGAGGGGCUCACUUGGGGGCUGUGGAUGUAUAUGGUGCUACUCCACUCCAUUAUGCUGGUCAACUGGAUCAUGCUGAUACUGUAGAGCUGCUGGUAAGGCGACCUUGUGUUCGAGAUGACCCCACAAAUGAAGGCCAUACAGCCCUUUUGUGGGCUGCAGCAAGUGGUGCAGACUCUGCUCUGACAGUAAUGGUGAGACAUGGAGCUUCUCUCACUCAGGCUGAUCCUAGAGGAUGCACAGCAUUACACAUUGCUGCAGGAGCCGGACAUGUCUCCACCGUUGGUGUCCUGCUCCGACUUCGUGCUCCUCCUGAUGUGUGUGCCAAAGAUGGACGUACUCCUUUGCUUCAUGCAGCUCAGGCUGGACAUGCACAGAUUGUGAAAAUUUUGGCCAAAGCAGGUGUAUCAUUGGAUCACCGGGAUAAUGAAGGACAGUGUGCUCUCCACCAUGCAGUUCUAAGUGGCCAUCUAUUUCUUGCACAAAUACUCAUCAGGGCAGGCACUUCAGUGAAUGUUCAAGACUACUCGGGUCGUACCCCUCUUCAUAUGGCUGCAUUCAGAGGGCUGAGUGACAUAAUGUUUCUGCUGUUGGAGAAUCGUGGUGAUGUUAAUGCUAGAGACUAUCAGGGACAGAGUCCUCUUCACUGGGCUGCACAGCAGGGACAUCUAGGGGCUGUUAAUACUUUGCUUGAUUUUCAUGCUUAUCCAAACUACACACAAACAACAAAUGACAGAUACACUCCCCUAGACUGUGCUUAUGUAGCUGAACAACUGGAGGUGGCACAAGUUCUAAUGGAAGCUGGUGGUUUGUCAGUCACAAGAAUUAUGGAUUUUGCAGCCACAAGAAUUCAAGCUGUAGUGCGUGGUUACUUGACUCGCAAGCAUUUUCUUCUGCUUCGGAAAUCCUGCACAAAAAUAUCUGAUAGUGGCCUUGGAAUUGCAAGUGGUUUUUUCCUAUCACUUGUGAGGGAGAGAAAGCAGCAGACUGUUGUUCAAUCAGUACAAUCAAAAGAAGCUCAUUACAACCUGCUGGAAAAUUCGUCUGUACUGAGUAUUGAAACAAAGGAUACUCACAGAAACUUUGAAAAGGAAGAGGUAUCAUUGGCAAAGGAUGACUUAGAGAUAAAUUCACCUAUGUAUCACCACCCUCGAGGAACACUCUCCGAGUUCAGUCCAUACAAUUCUGUAUCUGGACAACGGCGUUCCAAAGCUUUGGCGAGCAGUAUUAUGAGGGGUGCUCGUAAGAAAACCUUACGGAAUUUGGAAUUGCCUGGAUUAAAUGAGCUGGGCUUAAAUCAAAUGAGGCCUGAAGAAAUUCCAACAGAUGGAAAGUUUUCAGACUCUGAGGAAGACAACAAUGCAGUAUUGGCUUAUCCGGUUCAGGGUCCAUCAUCGACGCUGGCUCAAGCACUGCAACUUUCUAGCAGUAUUGCAACUGCUGUGGUAACUGCUGGUAUUGCUAAAUCAAAACAUGAACUGAAUAUAAGUGAAGACAGACACAAAGUUAGGGUACAAAGUACACCUGAUGAUAGAAUUUUGUGCAUGGAAAAUAGUGAAUGUGAGAAAACUAAAUGUACUACUGAGAUUAAGGAAGCACAUAUGUUGAAAGAAAUUAGUAAAACUUCAGUAAGAGAUAGUAAUAGUGAAGGUUUAAUGCAGGAUUUUUAUAAAUGGGCUGAAAAUGAAAGUGGAAAUAAACAUUUACCAUCAAAAUGUAACAAGGAUGAAAACCAUUCACCUUGUACCAAAAAGAGUGAGUUAACAAAAAUAGAAGACAAUAGACAAUUGGACUUGGUCGAUAACUCCACAUUUACUCUGAAUGAGUCAUGGGAUGAUUUAGAAAAUAUUAUGUUUCAGAAACUAGACAGGAAACAAAUGCUUGAAGCAAGAGCUGCAAGAUCUCUCAACAUUGCUACAAGACAAGGCGUAGAUAAGAGAAACUCUGCAGCACAACAUAUUGACAGACGUGUGCUGAGCGCAGAAGCAAGAAAGCUGGCUGAAGAAAAAUGGAAUAACAAACUUGCAUCAUUAACAUUACAAACUGUGCAGCGGCCUCAGAGUAGCAAGUCGAGAUUGCCUUUCUCUUACAAUUUGGUCUCCCCUGUUGGUCCAUUAGCUGCUUUUACCACCAAGAUGAACACUCACAUGGUCAAUAAAGAUGGCUAUAAUGCUCCACAUGCUUUGUAAAGGAUCAAACUGGGCUCCUAUAUAUAAUCUAUUGAAGUAAAAUACUGUAAACAGUUUCUCAGGGUGUCUCAAUAAAUUGAUGUCAUUUGUGAACUCACAAACUUAAU